AUGGCUGAAUUCAAGUCGGCAAGAGGCCGAAGUGUUUGGUUUAUCACUGGUUGCAGCUCAGGCUUCGGCAAAAUUUUCGUUUCCGCUAUAUUAGCACAGGGUGAUCGCGUAAUUGCCACAGCGCGGAAUAUCAAUUCCUUGUCAGAUUUUGCUCACUCUGAUAAUGUCAAACUGUUGGAGCUAGAUAUCACAGACUCUCAACAUGCUUUGAACGAGAAGGUCUCUAAGGCCAUCGCUAUGUUUGGUCAGAUUGAUGUUCUUGUCAAUAAUGCUGGAUACGUUGUUUCCGGUGUGUUGGAAGAACUAAGCCAAUCCCAAAUACUUGAUCAGUUCAACACCAAUGUUUUUGGUCCUCUCAAUCUGACACGAGCCGUGUUACCGCACAUGCGCUCACGCCAAUCGGGAACUGUCAUAUUCAUGAGUAGCAUAGCUGCAUGGAAAGGUGUUGCCGUGGGUGGACCCUAUAGUGCGUCCAAAUUCGCACUCGAAGGAUUCGUUGAGAGUCUACAGAAAGAGGUAGAACCUUUUGGAUUGAAUUUGCACCUGGCGGUGCUCGGUCAAUUUAGGACUGAUAUCCUUUCCGCCAAUCGAAGACAGUCCGGACGAGCUGUCAAUUCAAUCCGCGACUAUGACACCGUUAUUGAUGCUUUCCAAACCAGGUUGGAACACACCAAUGGCAAACAACCUGGUGACCCAGCACAGGCGGUAGAGCGAAUCAUGGAUCUAGUGUAUCGCAGAGGACAUUUCGCCGGACAGCAAGAACUCCCUUUACGUAUUGUGCUCGGAUCGGAUGCUGUUGCGCUUGUUCGGGAUCAAUGCGAGCAAAUGCUCAGCGAUCUGAAGAAGCAAGAGCAAUUUGGAAGCAGUACGGACUACCCUACUACAGAUGAAGUUGAAAAAUAUGAAUAA